CUUCCGCCCAGCAAACAAUCGCAAGCGUGUGAAGUUACACUGACAAUGCGUUUGACAUUUUGAAUAUCGCCUCAAAAUUUAUCAUCCCAUUUUUGUGUUUUUUUCUUGUCCGUAUGUACCCGUUAGCAAUGGCGUCCUGUCAACCAUGUGGUCGUCUCCCUUCCGCUCCUAGGUCCAACAUUACCUGCCCACCGUGUCCGCCAUGCGAUUGUUGUCCAUGCACAUUGCCCGUCAUUGCAGAUAACCUACCGAAGUAUCAAGUGAAUCCAUGUGACCCCAACAGGAAUAACCUGAAUCCAGGCGGAGAAUGUCAAAACAACGAUUGCUGUAACGUGUGCGUCCCCAUCACGAAAACAUCCCCACCCGAGCCCCCCAAAAAGCCCCGAAGAAAAUGCAAGUACAUCCAACCGCCUAGACCCAAGUCCUAUGCACCCCAACGGAACUACAUAGCACCGGAAAUGAAGAUGGAAGAUAAUACCAUCUACCGAAAGUCGUAUGUGCCUGUGGAAGCAGAAAAACCAGUAUCGAUCGUCCCUGAAGGAAACCUUUGCGUUGGCGAUGGGAAGAUGUCAGAUGACACGAUCAACAGGAUGUCAUAUCAACCACAUAAGGUGAAACCCGCUUGUCCUAUUUACCCUUGCGAACACAAGCUGAUCGGAGAGGGGCCUAUGCAAGACAUUACCACCCAAAAGCACGACUACGUGCCUAAACCAUACGUCAAGCCAGUCCCGGUGAAACCGAUCACCAACCUGUUCACGUCCGAUUGCCCUUUGAGCAACAAGACUGUAAAUAGGCUAUCGUACAUGCCAGUAGACCUCGAAAAGGUAAAAGUGGUACCUGUCAAACCUGUUAACGCCAUUUCUAAGCCGACAGGCAAAAUCAGUGACAAAACCGUCCAAAAAAUGUCCUACCAGCCAUGGCAACCCUCCGAACCCAUGGACAUGCCUUGGGCAGAGAAACCGAAAUUCGUGCCACCCAGUCUACGAAUGGAAGACAACACUGUCAACAAAAUGAGCUACCAACCUCCGGGCAUCUACAUCGAAUGCGAUGAUAACGACCCUGAUUGCGUGGAUUGCCCGGAACCACCCUGCCAAGUUCCGCAGGACCCCUGUAGAGGGCCGCAGCAGUGCUGCAUGCCGUGCUGCUGCCCCAAAGCUUCGUGUUGAAGAAGACAAGACGUGUGAUAAUUUUUUGUGUGAACUUGGAACGUACCUUCGUUCAUCGUAUGCUGUUUUAUAUAUAGAAUAUGCCUGGCAUUAUAUUAUCUACACUUUUUUGUAUACAAUAUAUAAUACGCACUACGCU